AUGACUCUUCUUGGUGGGGAAAAUUCGGACUAUGACUACAGUGCGCUGAGUUGCGCCUCUGACACAUCGUUCAACCACAACUUCUUCACCGAGACUGAAUCCUUGAAAGGAAUAUUUUACAAAAGGGCUAAGCUCAUACAGCCAGGGGAGGACCUCUUUAAAAGCAUCCAUCCGGACGACCGCAAGCACCAUGCCAUUAUAAAUGUUGGUGGCAUUAGGUACCUGCUUCCAUGGACCACUCUGGAGGAGUUCCCGUUGACACGGCUGGGACAGCUAAAGUUGUGCAACAACUUUGAUGAGAUCCUAAGCAUAUGUGAUGAUUAUGAUGUUACUUGCAAUGAGUUUUUCUUCGAUCGGAAUCCUGGAGCCUUCAGGACUAUUUUGACAUUCCUGCGUGUAGGAAAACUGCGUCUCUUGCGUGAGAUGUGCGCACUUUCCUUCCAGGAGGAGCUUCUCUAUUGGGGGAUUGAGGAGAACAGCUUAGAGUGGUGCUGUAAAAGACGGUAUAUUCAAAAAAUGGAAGAGUUUGCCGAGCUCAACCUCCGGGAGGAUGAGCUGAUUGAGAAUGAAAAUGUCUCUGAGCCAGAGGAUGAGACCCGGUUUAACAUGUGCAUGCGUCAUCUCAGGGACAUGGUGGAGAAACCACAGUCUGGACUUCCAGGGAAAAUCUUCGCUUGCUUGUCAGUCUUAUUUGUGACAAUCACAGCAGUGAAUCUCUCCAUAAGCACCAUGCCCGAGUUGAGGGAAGAAGAGGAAAAAGGGGAAUGCUCCACCAUGUGCUACAACAUCUUUAUUGUGGAGUCAGUCUGCGUGGGUUGGUUUUCUCUGGAAUUCGCCUUGCGCUUCAUCCAGGCGCCCAGUAAGUUUGCAUUCUUACGGCAGCCACUGAACCUCAUAGACGUUGUGGCCAUCCUGCCCUACUACAUCACGCUGGUCGUGGACAACACAUCGGCGGGGCAGAAGAAAUCAGGAACUGGGAACAUCUACCUGGAUAAAGUGGGCCUUGUGCUGCGCAUACUUCGUGCCUUGAGGAUCCUGUAUGUGAUGCGUCUGGCUAGGCACUCCCUAGGGCUACAGACUCUGGGCCUCACUGCCCGCCGUUGCACCCGCGAGUUUGGCCUGCUGCUCCUCUUCCUAUGUGUAGCCAUUGCCCUUUUUGCCCCGCUGCUUUACUUGAUUGAGAACGAGAUGGCAGACUCACAGGAGUUCACAAGCAUCCCUGCUUGCUAUUGGUGGGCUGUGAUCACCAUGACAACAGUAGGGUAUGGUGACAUGGUGCCUAGGAGCAUACCAGGCCAGGUAGUAGCUCUUAGCAGCAUCCUAAGUGGAAUUUUACUGAUGGCUUUCCCUGUAACCUCAAUCUUCCAUACUUUCUCUCGCUCCUACAUCGAGCUAAAGCAGGAACAAGAGAGACUCAUUUGCAGGAGGGCGCAGCUGCUGCUGAAGAGCAAGUCGCAGCUAAGCAAUAACUCGCAAGGAAGUGACAUACUGUUUGAGAGCAUGUCUUCUGAGGCAAAAGACAAUGACUGA